GUAGGUCUUGUCAUGAUGUAACUCUAUUACUAAACAAAGUCUAGAAUGAAGCCAAGAGAUCAAAAUGAUUUUGAAACUAUUUUAAUACACGAUGCAUUAAUUUCCCCGAUGUUAAAAUGACUGAAUUACCCACCUGACAGGUUGUGUUCAACCUUUGCCCGCUUGUCUUUGAAGCUGACAGCAGCGCGCGAGGAUCGUCGUCAUCCGGAUAAACGCACAGCACACCUCACUGAAGAGAAUCGAGACCGAAUCAAAGCUCGAGAGCGACUGCAGGACACGAGGAAGUGAAGUAACUCGUGUGAAUCCUCCAGACACGCGCGAUUCUCUCGCUUCACAGACAACAUAUUUUGAAUGUUGACUUCUGCUGUACAAGACUAUAGGUGAUAUAAAGAAGAAGGUGUGUGAUGAGAUGCUAUCUGAAAAACAUCCUCCUCCUAGCUGCUGGUCUUUUCAUUUUGACCAGGGUCUACAUCCACAUGCGGAAACCAGAAUCGGGAAGCUUUGAGGGGUCGUCACUGACCUGGAUCUGGGAUAAGGAGACUUGGAUGGAAGAUCUUAAAGGCCAUUACCUGCAUUUCAAUGUUUCCAUUAAAGUUCUGGCAGGAGUCUUCCAGCAGUCCAAGAAGUACCUGACAGUGGGCAUCUCAUCUGUGAAGAGGGAAAAGGGCAGUUAUCUUCAGGACACUCUUCAGUCAAUCUACUCGGCCUCCUCAGAGGAAGAGCUGGAUCAUAUGGUCGUCGUUGUCCUUCUUGCUGACUUUGAUGUGAGCUGGAUCCAGCAGACAUUGGAGAAGAUUACAAAUGAAUUCCACACGCGGCUGUCCAAGGGUCAACUGCUUGUCAUCCAUGCCAAUGAAGACAACUAUCCUCCCCUCACAGGACUGAAGAGGAACUUCAAUGAUGCUUCUGACCGUGUGUCCUUCCGUUCGAAGCAAAAUGUGGACUACUCCUAUUUGCUCCAUUUUAGCAGUAAUCUCUCCCAAUACUAUGUCAUGCUGGAGGAUGACGUGAGCUGUUCGAAGAACUUUCUCUCCAGUAUACGUGAGCACAUCCAUUCGAUGAGCAACUCAAAGUGGAUCACAUUGGAAUUCUCCAAGUUGGGCUACAUCGGAAAACUCUAUCAGUCCAGAGAUCUGCCCAUUCUGGCCCGAUUCCUUUAUAACUUCUACCAAGAGAUGCCCUGCGACUUCCUGCUGUCGCAUUUUCACAAAUUGUUGAUGCAGGAAGAAGUCAUUCGUUUCCGCCCAUCUCUGUUUCAGCACAUGGGCUCUUAUUCAUCAUUUAAGGGGACGAUCAAUCGUCUCAAGGAUGAGGACUUUGUUGAAGAAGUUGCUGAUAACCCUCCAGCAGACAUUAGCACAAAUAUUGAAACUUAUCAGACGAAUACAAUCGACAAAGCUUACAGCCAGGGCUUAGAGUAUUUCUGGGGUAUAUCCCCUAUUGUCCCAGAAAACUAUAUUUUAGUGGUCUUUCAUGAACCUGUUCUCAUCUCACGUGUCCAAAUACAUACAGGAUUGGAUGGGAAAGAUGAGCUGGCCAAUGCUGAAGUGGAACUCGGAAAAACGCUGGUGAAAAAGGAGUCGGAGGUGGAGUGUUCCGGAUUUGACAAGCUGGGUGCUUUUCAGCAAGGCCAGUUUAAUGAACCAGCAGUCCAGAAACUUGUGCCGGCAACCGUGGCAUGUCUACGAAUCCGAGUCACUGCAGCCCAAACCAGCUGGGUUGUUGUACGCAAGAUCCAGGUUUGGACUGUUAAAGCUGCCGAAACCCUCUGAAAUAUUUCUGGUGUGAAUUCCUUAUCAUUACUUACAAAGGCAUGAAUUCUUUAAAGUAGUCAUGUUUAGUAAUCUCUGUGUGAGGAUACAAGCGUGAGGGAAUGAUAUUGUUAAACUGCAUAAAAUAAUAUUAUAAAUAAGAUACAUUUAAUUUGGCACAGUAUAUUUUCUUUAGGAAGCUAAAUUGAAAUUACAUUUAUUUGUUCAGGGUUAGGAACACUGAAGUAUUCAGAUUUUGUUAAUAAUUUGAAUUAACUUUAUUUUCAUAUUUUCUGUUUUCAUUUAAGGUAAAGGUUUAGUAAUGUUGCUGGGUGUUUUGUCAAUUAUUAUUUUUCUAUUAAAUAUGUCUGUAUAAUGUUUAAGUUUUAGUUAAUUUAGUUUUUAUUUUAGUACUUCAGCUUUAAACAAAAAUGAGAAAUGUUGACUUGACAACCAGCCCAAAUAAAGCAUUUUACAGUCAAAGUACUUAGAUUUACAAGCCUUUAAAAUAAGGGACGUUUUUUAAAGAUCAUUCUGCCCCCUAGGGGUGAUGACUUUGAAAUACAAUGCCCUAGUUCUAUCACCCCAAACACUUCUAAGGGCAAAAGUGCUGAUACUAAUUUACAUUCAACACAAACACACACACACAUUAACUUGGCUCAGUAUUUGGGGAAAAUGAUGCAUUUUAUACCAAUAUAUCAUGUUGUGUUACACUUACCUUGUUUUUGACAAUUAGAUCAGCACGUUUGGUU